CGGGCGUCAACGUUUGUGCUUUAUUGAAGUUGUACUUUAGAUUGUUAGUAAACUUUGAAAGCAGCACAUUUCAAACGUAUAAAACGAAAAGAUGAGACUCUAUGUGACGAUUCGAACAAUCAAACGUUACGCUCACCGCUCAAAAGCUUUGUUUAGAAGUAUUUUAAUCGGUAAAGCACAUAAAAAACAUCGCCUGUAGCAUUUGAAAUGUAAAUAUGCCCGACAGCAAGCGAACGCAUCGCUGUUUAACAUGGCCCAGAAGCCUGGGAACUGUUGGUUUUCCUCACCGGGUUGCCGCGAUUGGACGGCCCGGUGUUCCGCCCACAAACACAAGGUGGAGUUGGAAAAAGGAAAAGGAAAAAAAAUACAUGCUGAUCUAAUAUAUGAAGCUGUCAAACAGCCAUCGACAAUUUCGAAAACGAGCAUUCCCUUUAACGUAUAAAGGCACCUAGGUCCAUAUAGUAACACACCAGUGGGUAGACAUCCCAAAAAUAUUAAUUAUGAUAAUAAUGACGCAAAACCAAUACAUGAGAUGUCUAACCAUCUCAGGUUCGAGAUUUGAGGUUAGUCAAAUGAUGCGAACUUUCGGUGUUGGAAGCUCGUUCGGUUUGCCCCGUCAAAGUGUUGCAAACAUGGGCAGCGAAGCGGACAUGAUGGCCGGUGUUCGGUCCGGGUCGGUCGGAUCGUCCCCUUCAGAUGUAAAAAUGCGAUGGCGGCUGACGGAAACGACGGCGGUGGCGUCGGUCCGACAACAUGGAAGACGCCUCGGCCUCGUGCAACGGUUGGGUGGGGAGUGGGAAGCUUGCUUCGCGUUGACUGGAGGGAGACGGCGAGUGCGAUGGAGGCGGGGGAAGAAUCAUCUCUGCGGGGACUGGAGCCGAGGACCGACGGCGCAGUACUGGCGAUCGUUCAACCCUCCCCUUCUUCCUCCACAACGACGCCGAGAAGCAGCUAGUUCCCCGUCUUUGUGGCACAUCCAGCCCUUACCACCACAACGUUCAUAGCCGACCCAUGUGUGGAAACGUACUAAAUCUAGGAUAACCCACAAAUGAAUGGAGACAUGGAGGCAACAUCCCAACAUCAAUUGUGGGCGCAGGACGACAUGCUCCAGUUGCUGGAGGCCAUGAAGUUGGCACUGCCACAGAAGGACCUGACCAAGUACAAGACGUCUGAGUCCCACCUGGACUGGCAGAAGGUGGCCUUCAACUCCUACACGGCCGAGAUGUGCAAGCUGAAGUGGCAGGAGGUCUCCAAAGAGAUCCGUAAAUUCCGGACCCUCACAGAGCUGAUUUUUGAUGCUCAGGAUUAUAUCAAGAACCCAUAUAAAGGCAAGAAACUAAAGAAACACCCGGAUUUCCCGAAAAAGCCCCUGACGCCAUAUUUCCGCUUCUUCAUGGAGAAGAGGGCCAAGUAUGCAAAGUUGCAUCCGGAAAUGAGCAACUUGGAUCUGACCAAGAUCUUGUCCAAGAAGUACCGUGAGCUGCCGGACAAAAAAAAGAAAAAAUAUGUGGACGACUUUUUGAAGGACAAAGAGACAUUUGUGCACAGCAUGAUGAGGUUCAGGGAGGAUCACCCGGAGCUUAUGGAAAGCAUGACUAAGAAAGGCUCAAAUGUUCCAGAGAAGGCCAAAACGCCCCAACAGCUGUGGUACAACCAUGAAAAGAAGGCCUUCCUCAAAGGCCACCCAGACGCUACCACAAAGGAUAUCAAGGAUUGCCUCGGCAAGCAGUGGACGCAGCUGUCAGACAAAAAGAGACUCAAGUGGAUCGCCAAGUCGCUCGAGCAGCAAAAGCAGUACGAGGAGACAAUGCGCGAGUACAUUCAGCAGCACCCCGAGAUGAACCUGACCCAGGGGGACAUCGUCAGGUCCACGUUGACCAAAGCCGAGAGGCACCUGAAGGACAAAUCUGACGGGCGGCCCGACAAACCCCCUCCGAACGGUUACUCCAUGUUUUGCGCCGAGCUGAUGUCCAGCAUGAAGGACGUGCCCAGCACCGAGCGCAUGGUCAUGUGCAGCCAGCGCUGGAAGCUGCUCAAGCAAAAUGAGAAGGACGCCUACCAGAAACGCUGUGAGCAGAGGAAGAAGGAGUAUGAAAUUGAGAUGAACAGAUUCCUCAGCAGUUUGUCUGAGGAGGAACAGCAAAGGGUCUUGGGUGAGGAAAAGGUGGGCUUCAAGAGAGGCAGCGUGGCCAACAGCCCUGCGUCCAAAAAGAAGAACUCCAAAGCUAAGGGCAACCCGGAAAAACCCAAGCGGCCCAUCUCGGCCAUGUUCAUCUUCUCCGAGGAGAAGCGUCCCAAGCUGCACCAGGAGCGUCCGGAUCUCUCGGAAAGCGAGCUCACACGACUGCUGGCACGCAUGUGGAACGAGCUUCCGGACAAGAAAAAGGAAAAGUACAAACGGCUGGAGGCGGUCUUAAAGGCGGAGUCAGAGAAAAAGGAGGACCGCAGUCUGCCCGACCCACCCAAGACGGCGCAGGACAUCUGGCAGCAGAGCGUUAUCGGAGACUACCUGGCGAGAUUUAAGAACGACCGUCCCAAGGCUCAGAAGGCGAUGGAGGCCACUUGGAGCACCAUGGAAAAGAAGGAAAAGAUUAUGUGGAUCAAAAAGGCGGCAGAAGACCAGAAAAGAUAUGAGCGAGACCUGUGCGAGAUGCGUUCGCCCGUCGCUACCGCCGUGGCCUCGGGGAAGAAGAUGAAGUUCGAGGGCGAGCCCAAGAAGCCGCCGUCAAACGGGUACCAGAAGUUCUCUCAGGAGAUGCUGUCCAAUGGCGAGCUCAACCACCUGCCCAUGAAGGAGAGGAUGACGGAGAUCGGCAGCCGCUGGCAGAGGCUGCCUCUCAAGGACAAGGACCGCUACAAAAAGAUUGCAGAGGAGAUGCAGAGGCAGUACAAAGUGCUGCUUGAGCAGUGGCUCGCCAGCGUUUCUUCUCAAGUGAGGAACACCUACAAAGAGUACAACUCACAGAAGAGGAAAGCCCCGGCAAAACCAGGAGGCCCCAAGCCCAAGGCCAAGAAAUCUGACACUGAGGACAACGAUGACGAUGAUGACGACGACGACGAUGAUGAUGAUGAAGAUGAAGAUGAUGACGAAAAGGACAGGGCUUCCUCUGAAGGGGCAUCCUCCAGUGAAGAUGACGAUGAUGACGAUGACAAGGAUGACGAUGAUGACGACGACGACGACGAGGAUGACGAAGACGAGGUGGACGACAAGGAGAACAAGUCAGAAGACAGCAGCAGCGAGUCCAACUCGGGCGGCUCCUCAGACUCGGACUCAGACUGA